AAAAGCCAUGAAACAAACAGAAAGGGAAAGUAUUCCAUCUUUUUGGGUGCCAGUAACAUGGCUUCAUAUCAAUAAUAAGAAGAAAAACAACAAGUGACACACCCUCUCAUGUCAUGACACAAAUUCUUCGCAGAUCUUCCCUAUCACACCCUACUUCAAUCUUAUUCCUAGGAUCUUCCAAACAUAAUCACGACGAACCCAUUUGUGAUUUGGGGAUUUUUUUUUUUCAAAAAAUCAGAAUCUUUGAUCUUUUCUUGAAACCACUUUUCUUAACUAAUGUGAUUCUGGUUUACCUGCUCAAACAUUGUUCGCUUUUUCAUCUAAAACUAAUUCUUGGGUGCUGUAUUUGCUUUAAUAAUUUGUUGCAAAUUCGUGAUUCUUGGUUUGAUCGUUUCUGAUCUCAUUCUUGUUUCUAUUUGUCAUCCAUUGAUAUCUUCUCUGAUGUUAAUGGAUUGAAUGCAACAUGUGAAUCCUGAGACUGGUUUGGGCGAUCCUGAUGGGUUGUGAAAGAAGAAGCUCGCAUAUCAUCUGCGCAAUCUUCUAUAUCUGGUUUUUGUUAUUUUCCAGCGUUUAUGGGUCAAUCGGCAAUGAUCCUGAGUCCUUAGACGCAUCGAUUUACAAUUACGCAAUGGAAACAUUAGCAAAGCGACGUACAGGUACUCUGCUGAACGUUUCUCUUCCUGCAAAUUUCUCUGGCAUACGAGCUUCAGUUAUUAGAUUAAGAAGCAGUACUUUGUGGGAUAGAGGAGCCAAUUUUGAGUCCUUCUAUAUCCCAACAAGAGUUGUUACAUUUCCAUUUGUCAGGAGAAUAGCUAUUGUAUAUCACAACUUGGGGAAUUGGUCUUCUUACUACUAUAAAGUCCCUGGUUAUACUCUAGUUACUCCUGUUGUUGGUUUCAUGGCUUACGAUGCUUCAAAUUUAAGCACAUCAGCCAAUGGAACUCUCAAGUUCAUCGUCCUGGAUUCACCCAUUGUGGUCAGUUUUCCCAAUUCUACGAUUGCGGAAUUAAAACAUGGCAAUGCAGAAGCGAAAUGUGUAAAAUUUUCUGAUGGUGGAUUGGUCGAGUUCAGGAAUUUAACAGAAGGUAGAUGCGUCACACAAGGAGAUGGCCAUUUUUCCAUUGCUAUUCCUUCUCCAGAAAGCAAGAAAAAGAAGAGUUGGGCAAGGUGGGUGAUAGGAUUUGGAGCUGGAUUCAUAGGACUGAUUUUGGUGGUGUUGAUUAUCAUCAUAGCCUGUAAAAUAGUGAGGAGUGAGAAAAUGAGAAAAAUGGAAGAAGAAUCAGAAAAAGGGGUAGCUUUUGACACAAAAUGGAUUGGGAGGAGUAAAAUGCCUUCUGCUUCAAUGGUUAGAACACAGCCAGUCCUUGAGCAUGAACCAUUAUUUGUAAUUUGGUGACAUGUGCUCACAUGAAUGUGCUGAGGAUGUUGGAUUUAUACAGUGGCAGGUAUUUUUCUUUCAUC